AUGGCAGACAACGGAGACGAGGCUAGGGUUUCUACAUCCAACGAUGCUUCUCAAACGAGACAAAGGAGAAAGAGAAAGUGGGAUCAGCCAGCAGAGCAGCUUGUUGCAGCUGGAGUUGUGAUUCCUCGAUUAGCCAAUGCUCUCAAUGUUCAAACUCUGCCUCCUCAACCACUUCCUAAACUCAUUCAAGAUGAGUUGACAAUAGCUAGAGAAAUCGUUAUUAAUGAUGCUGAGGCUUCUCUUAGGCACAAGCUUACUAAACGCUCUACUCAAGAAGAUAUUCAGAGGUCUACUGGUGCUGUGGUGAUUACUAGGGGCAAAUAUCGUCCUCCCAAUGCACUUCCUGAUGGUGAAAAGCCAUUAUAUCUUCACAUAUCUGCUGCUGCCCAUUUAAAAGAGACUACAGAGCGAAUUUUAGCAGUUGAUCGGGCAGCAGCUAUGAUUGAGGAGAUGAUGAAACAGAAAACAAACUCACAGGUCGGGUUGGUUGGUUCUCAGACGGUCAAGAUGCUGAACACAUGCGUUUAUUUGGGUUUUGAAGCUGACCCAUCAUCCAAUGUUGCUGCUCGUAUUCGUGGGCCUAACGAUCAGUAUAUAAAUCACAUUAUGAAUGAAACAGGAGCAACCGUUGUACUAAGAGGGCGUGGUUCAGGGAGCCUUGAGAACCUACCUAGUGAAGGAGCACAGCAACCAUUGCAUCUAUUAUUGUCUAGCACCAAUCCUAAGAGCAUUGAGGAUGCAAAACGUUUAGCUGAGAAUCUCAUGGAUACAAUCAGUGUAGAAUUCGGGGCUUCAAGGGUUUCCUCAAGCAAGGUGUAUGGUGCUGUACCACCACCACAGCAACUGCUUGCUGGAGCUUUGAGUUCUGAAAACGCGCAAAAGCCAAAUUUGAGUUCAGCAUAUGGUUUAAUGACAUCGCCACCUAUCAUACCAGCGCCAAAUGCUGUUAAUCCCUUUCCAGUUCCUCCAGCAACAACUCUUUAUCCUCAGUUUCCAGUGUUGCAGCCUCUAGGGAUCUCAAAUGGUGGGCACUUGCGACCGAGUCCAGUCAGUUACCUACAACCUGUGGCUGCUGGAACUAGCUACAGUGGGUAUGCCGGAAUAUACCCUCAAGCCACUCCACUUCAACAAGUUGCUCAAGUCCUUCAGCAAUCUGUUUCUCCAGUUAUCUCCACUGUGCCCCCUACUUUGUUGACAGCUGCGUCCUUAUCAAUGCCAAGUGAUCUUUCAAGUAAGGAAAAGGAAAGGCGUCCACCCCAAAAGCGAAAGUUUCAGGAGCUACCUGCCGAUUGUAAAGUCCCGGCAAAAUCCAAAGAGUCAGAGUUAGCAGUGGCAGGUGAAGUUGCUCUAAAGAGUACAGUUGAGGCAACAGCAAAUGAAGUGCGAUCACUGCCUUCACCACGAUCCAUGAUGCCUCCUCCUCCACCAAAGACCAUCCCACCACCACCUCCUAGGGCUGUGUCUCCUCCAUCAUCAAGAGCCAUGCCUCCUCCACCACCGCAAUUUACACCAUCAAAACAACCUCAAGCUCCAAGAUUACAGGACGACCAAAUUACUAUAAAGAAACCAAAUCCAGUUCCAGAUACUUUGAUAAAGCUGAUGGAGUAUGGAGAUGAUGAAGACGACGAUGAUGAGGAGUAACUGAUCUGGGCAAACAAUAUACCUGGCUAUGUUUGUAAGAAUAGAAUGUUUGGGUCUUGUUUAUUUGGCCUGUUGAAAUAAAGACAUUAGCUUACACUUGUCUUGCAAGCUACUACUAUGGCUGAUUUUGUGAUACCCAUUUUGUUGUACCUCUUACCAAUACAUGAUAGAGAAGCCUUUACCAAGUUUUAC